AUGAGGUGGUGGGAGGGGAUGCAAGCUGGAGGUGCUCGCAGGCAGGAUGCGCUGAGCAUUACCCAGUUGCCAUAGGAACCGGCAGAAGGAGGUGGGCGGCCGAUCGGAGGAGAAGGGGGUUGGGGGGGGAGAGAUUUGCCUGCAGUCCUUGCGAAGCUGCUGGUUUAUUCGGAGCUUCGCCAGCGGAAGCGAACGGCACGAGCUCGCUUGCCGCGGUUUCGGGGGAGGGGAGGAAUUAACCCCCCGGUCUGACUCCUCUUGCCAUCCAGAAGGGCUCUUGGAGCCUCCAGGGACAGGCUGCCACCGCGCCGCCCUCUGUGAGCACCAGCAGCGAGAGCUACGCAGUGCAUGAGGUCUGGUGCCACUUGUAGAGUGGCUGAACAUUUUGCAAUAGACAACAAGGGCCACAAACCAUGUCAGGCUCCUAUGAUGAGUCUGCGGCAUCAGCUGAAGAAAUAACUGACAGCUUCUGGGAGGUGGGGAACUACAAACGGACAGUGAAACGGAUUGAUGAUGGGUAUCGGCUGUGCAAUGACCUGAUGAACUGUGUCCAUGAGCGAGCCAAGAUCGAGAAGGCCUAUUCCCAGCAGCUGAUAGAUUGGUCCAAGCGGUGGAGACAGCUAAUAGAGAAAGGCCCACAGUAUGGCAGUCUUGAGAAAGCAUGGAUGGCCAUAAUGACUGAGGCAGACAAAGUGAGCGAGCUGCACCAGGAAGUGAAGAAUAGCUUGUUGAAUGAAGACUUCGAGAAGGUGAAGAACUGGCAGAAAGAUGCCUUCCACAAACAGAUCAUAGGAGGCUUCAAGGAGGCUAAAGAAGCAGAAGACGGUUUUCGGAAAGCACAGAAACCCUGGGCCAAGAAGAUGAAGGAGUUGGAAGCAGCCAAAAAAGCAUAUCACCUGGCAUGCAAAGAGGAGAAGCUGGCUAUGACCCGGGAAGCCAACAGCAAAGCUGAGCAGUCCAUCACCCCAGACCAGCAGAAGAAACUGCAAGACAAGGUGGAAAAAUGCAAGCAGGAUGUGCAAAAGACCCAGGAGAAGUAUGAGAAAGUGGUGGAAGAUCUGAGCAAGUGCACGCCACAGUACAUGGAGGGCAUGGAGCAGGUCUUUGAGCAAUGCCAGCAAUUUGAAGAGAAGAGGCUCAGCUUCCUGAAGGAGGUGCUGUUGGAUAUCAAACGGCAUCUGAAUCUGGCAGAGAACAGCAGCUAUUCUAAAGUUUACCGUGAGUUGGAGCAGACCAUCCGUAUGGCCGAUGCACAGGACGACCUCCGGUGGUUCCGCAACACUAGUGGCCCAGGGAUGCCUAUGAACUGGCCUCAGGUAGAGGAGUGGAACCCAGAUGCAACACAAACCAUAACAAGAAGAGAGAAACCUAAGAAGAAUGAUGGAGGCAACACAUCCAAUGCCAGUGGGGGUGGGGAGUCAGCCGCACAAGCUGGGGACCGUGGCAGUGUGAGCAGCUAUGAGCGUGGCCAAGCAUACACUGCAGAGUGGUCAGAUGAUGAGGGCGGCAACACCUACAGUUCCAGUGAAGCCAAUGGCGGUGCCAGCGCCUUUGAGGAGGACACAGCUGGGAAAGGCUUGCGCGUACGAGCUCUCUAUGAUUAUGAUGGGCAGGAGCAGGAUGAACUGAGCUUCAAAGCAGGUGAUGAAUUAACCAAAUUAGGGGAAGAGGAUGAACAAGGGUGGUGCAAAGGGCGCCUGGACAACGGGCAACUCGGUCUUUAUCCAGCUAACUAUGUGGAGUCUAUCUAGUUUUGUCGUGUUCGCCUCACUGCUGUCAGAAAAACGAACCAACCUUCUGUCAUCUCCCAUCUCUCUAUGCCAGCCAAGUAGCCAUCUUGCCGUCCAGUCACUCACUCAGCACAGUUAGAGAUCCAAACAUAUUUUCCAAUCAAUCUUUUAUUUUUUUAAUAGCCAUCUCUGAAGAGUAUUUUGCAGUCGCUUUAAUCUUUUUGUUGUUGUUGUUGUUGUUGAGAUAAUGUGAUAAGAAAGGUCGACACUGUCUGUGGAAGGGUUCUUUUGUAAAUGAAAGCCAAUACCUCAAGCCCUUAAAGCCUAACCAACAAGGCUCUUGAUUGGUUGGUUUUUAAGGAUAAUAUUUUAAGGAUAAUAUAUUGAUGAGCCGCCUUCUUGAACUGGCUUGAACUGUUCUCAGACAUUUAGCACUUAAGCUACUGGGGCCAAUCCAAUUCACUCUCACUGAAUAGGUUAAAGCAAGCAAAAAGGAGGAGGAAAUGCAAUGUGCUGCCUUUGAUUUAUUGUUCCUCUCCACAAAAAGCAAAAGACAGAUUUUUUUUUGCCUUCUUCAACAGGCCCCAGUCAAUAUUCUUGUGCUGUACUAUUCUGCUCUCCAGCUGAUUCCCCAAAGCCAUGUCAUUAACUAAAGUAUUGUAUGUGCAGGUUAUGAAUCAGAGAAUUCAUUCCACACUGUCCUGAGAUCUGUUGUCCCCUCCAAUGAAACUGGAGCAUGGUAUGGCUUCAGCUGACUUGAGACAUAUUGAGGCUCUGAGUUCAACAUAGAAACCCUAUGCAACUCAUCAAAGUGUACUCAUUGGCUUCUUUCUCCCAGCUUCCCUUGAGAAAUUGGGCUGCAUCUUUGGGGACUUGAUCAGAUGGUGGAGUAGAUGCACCACUUUAAUACCCAAACACAACACAGAUCUCUCUGCCAUUUUCAGACCGAGUGCUAUUAUACUCGGAGAGGAAAGAGAGAAGGUGUAGAUCUGUGAAAGCUAAUAGCAGUCUAUAACAGAUCUACAGGCUUUGAAAGAAAAAUGCAACUGAUAUGUUGUGAUAUGUAAUGCAUUAUGAUAUGGUACCCCAAACUUCACUUGAAACUGUUUGAUUUGUCAGUUUCCCAUUUUUAAACCAGGUUGCCUGCUAAGUUGCUGAUGAUCAGAAUUAUUUAUAUUUUUGAAUGGAAGCAAAGCCUUCAGCCAAUAGAAGUAUUAUACUAACCAGUCAAUGGUUGGCUAGUAAUAUCAUACACUGAAGUGGAAGAGGAGGUCAGGGCUACAUUCCUAAACUAGAGUGGGAGGCUGCAUCUAUACAUCAACUUGUACAGGAGGCAGUCUACACCAAAAAAAAAUUAUGACAAAGGAGGUACACAGUUGUCAGUAAUGUGGCCUGUGAUGUGAAAAGUGUUCAUUAGAUGGCAUGAGCUAUUAAUAGAUGCCAGUACUAGUGCCAUUCAAAGGUGAUCCCAGACGCAGUGGAAAAACAGCUAAUUCAAUUUCUUUGCACAUAUACAGUGGGCAGAAAUUUACAAUUGAAUUUAUGCACACAUUCUGAACAACAUUCCAGAGCCAGAGAUGGAUCCAGGUGGGUGAAGAAUUGUAGAAAUGUACUGAGACCACUCUGAAAAGUUGGUUAUAAAGCUGGAUGCUAUGUCUUUUUCUGGGUGCAAUGAGUAGACUUGUAAGAUUUUUUUGUAAUGAGAUCAUGAAUAAAGUACUAUGUAAUCCAUUUGAAACUUAUUCCCACUUCAGAAGGCAUUCUAGCAGCUAUAUAGAAAUGCAAGAAAGGAGCUUGAGGGUCAGUAUACAUCUGCUGAAAUCCCCUUGUUCCUGGGUCUGGACUUGGCACUUAAACUCUUUGAACUGAACUCAGUACCUAUGGAUGCCUGCAUUUGUGCAAUUAGAGCUAUGUCACACCCAGCCUUGAGGUUAGAUGGUUAAAUGCAAACAUUCAAAGAUCUGUGUUAAUGGAGGAAAUGUGGUGGGCUUACUCCAAUUAUUAUUAUUAAACAUAACUGUAUACCGCUUUUCAACAAAAGAAAUGGCAAAAAUGAUCAGAAAAUUGUCCCCUGCCCCCCAAAGGCUCAUAAUCUAAGAAAUCAUUUGCGCGCGCGUGCACACACACACACACACACACACACAAACAAACACAAAACCAACACUUGAACAGCCAUAGGAGAAAUACUAUGAUGGGUUGAAUUGGAGCAGUUGCUCUUUUCUAAUUUUCAAAGAAAGCCAUCAUUUUGAAAAGAUGCUUUUUGCCAGUUACUCUGUGUUUAUCAUACUAGAUAUCAGAAAUGGAUUCUUUAGAAUUUCUUGGAUCUUAUUGAUUCAGUGAACUGGUAAGAGGUUAGCAUGUUCUUAUUUGCAAACUUCUAUUUGCAGUGGAAGAAGCAAUCACAGGGACAUUAACAAGUAUGGGAUGACAGUUCAUCUCAGUCAUCACCAUGCUUUGCCAAAGAUAGAGUUUAACUUUAGAACAUGGAACCAAACCUCUUUAUACUUCAGGAACCUUUUCGGUUAGUAAAUGAGAACCUCCAGCUAUCUGAAGUGAACCAGUAUGCUUGAUAAGUCAGAUCUUCCAGAAAGUCCCUGCAGGGCUGAUAUUGUUAGGCACCUGCCGAGGCCCAUCCUUCACCAGGAGCCCAAUGGCUCUACUGCUUCUCCUUGCUAUUCAUGCCUGUUCAUUUGCUCACUGCUCUGUCUCAGAACAGGACAUGAAUUGCAGCCCUACAGGUGAACAAAGAAACAAGUGAAUCAAUUUUACCACCUAGAUAUUAGCAAAGAGCAUAAUUACUGGGAAGUCCUGCUACAUAGCCCCACUGAGCACAGCUUCCAUUAAUUCCAAUGGGGUUUGUGCCAGAAAGCUUCCCAAUGGAUUGGGCCUUAAGAGAUUCAACAGUUUCACAUCGCUGCUUAGCAUCAUGUAUGGAAGUUAGCAGUUGUUAAAUAUUUAGGUAGGAAGCAGGGGUGUAACUAUAAUAAGGCAAGGGGAGACAGAUGUCUGGGGGCCCACUGCCUUGGGGGGGCCCCAGAGGCAAGUCACAUGACUGACUGCCCCAGCCAUGUACCCGCCCGUGCUUCCUUCAGUUGUAUUCAUCCUCUGAAACUGAUGUGAGUGUUAAGACCUGGAGCUACAAGAACAGCAUGUCUUUCUCUAGUACCAUUAAAUGACUUGCAUCAUCCACAAUUUACAAAACCUUUAAAAACAUAAUUUAGGAUGAUGUUCUAUUGUGGCACAUAGGUUUAUAUAUAUAUAAUAUAUAUAUUAUAUAUAUAAAAAGCAUUUCACUAUGCUUUUUGUUAGCAGUGUUCAGCCUCAUUUAAGAUUUCUUUACUUCAUGAGCUGAGCUUCAGUAAGGGGAAGGGGGCCCAUUUUAAAAUCUUGUCUCUGGGCCCACUCCAACCUUGCUACGCCCCUGGUAGGAAGUUCUAGCACUGGACUUUGAGAAGUAGCUUGGAAGAGACCUUGCUCCUGGAGAAGGACCAACACCUCUCUAAAGGUUAUUGGGUGUAAGCCCAUCAGUUAUGACUGGAAAGUAACGCAAUAGAUCCAAACAUAUCAGGGCAAUGUAAAUAUCACCAAUCACAGUAACUGCUCCUGUUCCAUGCAGAAAUUAGACAGAUUCUUCUUGAUCAUUACAACAUUAUAGUUCUUUACUCACUGACUGCUGAUCUGAGUUAACCAUCGUAACACUAAAGAUGGAGAAGGAAAAAACAAUAUAAAAGGGGUGAUAUUAAAAAUAAUUCCAGCAUAUAAUCAAAACAGAAGCAAAGUAGUUGUGGGUGACAUUACUUGCAAAGUAGAACAAGAUGUAAUUAUUGUAAGGGAAGAGGCAAUUUAAGUACCUUUGAGAAUCUCAUCUCCCCAUAAUCUCAAAAAUAAAAGACAUUCCUUCCUUCAAAUCUGUUCAUUUGGGAGUUAACAGCUUCAGUCACACAGGCCUUUAAGAACUUGCCCUUCCUCAUCCAAGAGAAAGGGAGCUGAAAUAACAAUUUAUUCUUUCCUGUAUUGUUAUCCUCAGUCUCGCUUACCAUAAGAAAUAUUAUUUCCUUUUAUUCAAAGUCAGUCCCCCUGCAGUCUUCCCUUAUCUGAGAAACUAGAAAAGAUAAUGGUGAAAUCAUUUUAGGGUGAAGUGCAGGCAGCCGUUUUCUCAGUCUUUGUCCCCUGUGGUAGCACAGUGUCCCUUGUCUACAGAGUACAUAUCAUCAAUGCUGUACAUCAGCAGCCGAAAUUACCCAUUUUAGGAUGAAAUACUUUGGACCAAUGGAAUCAGGCGAUACUAUCAUCCAGCUACCUCCCAUUAAUUAAUGUGUUGCUUUUCUGUGUCUGGUUACAGCUCACCUUUAUUAACAUUCCUUUUGUGCCCUUUUAUCUCUGAUUCAUCCUGGUGACUCACAGGAACUUAAGGCUAGUGUAGUUUAUAUAGAUUAUUUCCCCCUUUUCAUGCUAUGGGAGUCCCUUAAUCUUUUUGUGGAUGCCACCAGUCAUCACCUUCUACAACAGUCUUUCCACUUCUUUAUAAACAUCCACCCUCUCUAAUCCUCCACUUCAAUCUGUUUAUCAUUCAAAGUAUUGGACCCAGUGACCAUGUGUUGCUCCUGGAUGAAUAAAACAUGCUGCAUACUGGAUAAAGUAGACAAGAUAUUUCCGACCUUUUCUCUUUUCUUUUGGUUAGGUUAAGAAAAACUUUAAGGAAUGCUGUUGUCUCAGCAAUGCACCUGUUUUUGUACAUUGAUUGUGUAAUUUAAAACUAAAAGGUAUAUAUAUAUAAAUAUAUAUUGUGACUGUAUUACUGUGUAUACAAAAAAGAUGACUGAUCUAUGUAAAUGUUAUAUGGAUUUUAAUUCUUGUUUGACUCUCGUAUUCUUAACAUCUCCUGAUGUAGAUGUAGCUGCCAUGUUUACAAGAUGAGUUUUAUGCAGGGCUUGAUCAGGUCACUGGAGUGGAAGGCAGAUUGUGCUGGUGACUGGAAUGAAGAUGAUCUGAUGUUGAGCUUUUAUACCUAAAAUUCACUUUCAGAGUUUCAAGUCAAGGUUCACAUUUGACCUCCAGCCCAAGCCUGAUCGUAAGAACCAAUCUCUAGCUUGACAGUUUGAUUAUACGGCUCAAGGUGUGACAAAGUUCUGUUUUCUUUUUAUUACACUUGGACUGUUUUGCAUUGACCUCAGUUUGGUUCUAACACAGAGGGUAGAUCUUUGGGUGAUAUGGCAACAGCUUUUCACACUAGGCACCUUCUCCCAAAUUGUCUUGUUCUGCAGCGAGAGCGCUGGCUUUGGGCUUUACUAAAAGCUUUCAUUUUAGCAGAAAGCGUUUCCAGUUGAAACAAGCCUCCACCCCCAACAAGAUGUUAAAGAUGCAAGCAUGGCCCAGGCUCCUCAGCCUAGUCCUUGGGCAGAAGGAGUUUCACUUGUUGAGAGAGAGAGAGAGAGAGAGAGAGAGAGAGAGAGAGAGAGAGAGAGAGAGAGAGAGAGAUGUUCACUGACAUUAUAAAGGGCUGGUUCUCAUGCCCAUCUCUGGGACUGUAGUCACUGCAUGUACUGAUUUCCAGGCUGUCAAAGGCACACAUGGAGGCAGAUGUGUGGGCAUUGGCUUCUAGCUUACUACUCUCCAAGUGACUUUUUGAGCACUUGCAGCAGGUUGGGAAAAGUUAAUGCAAAAGCAUUCUGGGUAAAUCUUCAGCCUUCACUUGACUGCCUACAUGGAAUGAUGCUAGUGGCAAGAGACUAUCUUGGUGUGCUCAAGUGACUAUCAUACUGGUGGUGAGAAUCAGCCCUAAAGCUGCUGUAUGUUGCAUUAUGUAGCCCAUGGCCGACAUAGUGAGUGCCAGGAUCUUAAGAAAAGAGGAAUAAAAGCUGUGGUCCCUUUGUUUGCUCCUUUUGAUUAAAGCCUCAUGGGGCUAGGGGCAGGGAAUGGGUUAAACAAUAGACUGUUGUUAUUGUCAGCAAAGCUACAUACUAGCAGAUGGAGAAUAAUGUAUCUGUGUCAUGCCAGUCUGCCUCUUCUUCCAUAAAGAGCAAAAACUAAAGAAAUACAAUAAUAAAAUGAUUAUUUUAUUCAUG